CAUGAAUUAUUUUAAGACUAUUGAAUAGAAUGAGAGUGGCGUUUGGGAAUCUAUCCCAUUUGAGAUCAUUUAAGUUAGAUUCUAAAUGAAUAUUAGUUAAGCAGAAGAAAAAAUAGACAAUAAGCUGUAUAAGUCCAGAAUCAAACGAACAAAUCUCGAUUGUUUAAAAGGUCCAUUAGUGAGAGUAAAGAAGUAGUUAAAGUAAAUGCAAAUACAAGCCUUAGGCAUAAAACAUGAAGUUUAAAGAUCAAAAUUUAUUAAAAAAAUCUAAAGAUGAUUAACCCAUAACACAUGAGGAACAAUUUGAAUACAAGUUGAUCUAAGUGGAAAUAUCUGACUUUGUUAUUAUCGAGCCCUGUAAGAAAGGAAAAGAGUAUUAAUUAUUAAAACAAGAGGAUUGGAGAAAGAUAAUUUCCUAAAAGUCAUUUAAUGGUUACAAUUUUCUGGACAUACAUGUCUCUUUGUUGGCGUAGACUCUAAACUUUUUUGAAAGAAGAGACAUUUGGCAACUCUUCUGUCGAGUGGAUUCAACAAAGAAUUAAAUUAAAUCGGCUGGAAAAUCCUUUCUAUAAUAUUCUCAACAGAACAAUAAAUUUAGAUCUUAAAUAGAGAAGGACAUUCCUCGUACAUUAACUGAAUGUGAGUUUCUAACGAAUGUAAAUUAUCUAAUUAUUAAAGCCAGAUAAUAUUGCAAGUUUAAAAAAAAUAUUAAUUGCAUAUGCUAAUUACAAUCCUGAAUUGGGAUAUACUUAAGGGAUGAAUAUUAUUGCAGCUAAUUUGUUGGUUUGUUAUGAUCUCUAAUCUAAUGAUCAUUAAUUUUUAGAUGGUAAAUAUCCUUAUUCACUUGUAGAUGUAGAAAUAUUUGAUCCAAAAAGAGAUGAAAUGGUCUUUUACAUUUUUAUUUAUAUUAUGAAAGAGUUAAAGUGGGAAUAGGUGUUUCAGCCUGGGUUUCCUGGACUCUUGUAAAUGAUGUAGAUUUUGAAUUCGAAAUUUAAGUCUGAAUUACCUCAACUCUAUUAACAUUUUCAAGAAGUCGGUGUAGAUUUUAACAUUUGCUUCCAAUAUCAAUAUUUUACUUUACUAAUGUAUGGAAAUUCAUGGAAAAUAAGCAGAAUGAUAUUUGAUGUUUUCCUCUUUGAAGGAGAAGAAAUCAUUCAUACAUUUAUUAUUGGAAUGUUGAAAUGCUGUGAGUCUUCUUUAUUGAAACUACAUACUUUCGAAGAAAUUCUCAAAUUUUGUAAGAAUGAUAUGAUUUCAUAAUUCUACGGAAUCUUCUCCUUUCAUUUAGAUGGUAAGAAGGAUCUUACUAAUACAUUAUUAAAUUUAGGAUUCAUCAAAUUAACAGAAAAAAUCGAAAAAUCUGAUUAAUAAAAUACAGUGUAAACUUAAAAUCUAUAAAAAAAAUAGAAUCAAUUAGGAUAAAUAACCUAAAUAGGGGGAUACUUAAAACAAUUUUUUAGAAAAACUUGA